AUGCCGUCUUUCUUCGCGCCAGGCCAUGGCCUGCCAACGCCUCCUCACGUCAACAGCGGUGGUCGCCUGGAUGAACCUGCGUUCUACCCCAUUGGACAUGCGGCGUUCCCUCCUCGCUACCACCAGAGCGGCUCCGACUUCAUCGAGCAAUACUCCCAGUCCCUGUGCUACGCCAAGCCGAACCCCAUGAGCCUUCACCCGGCGUCAGCUCACCCCAUGCACAGUGCCCGGGAGAUGCAUAAUCUGGGCUCUCAGCCCAUGUAUGGUCCGAUGGCAACGGCGUUGCCUCCAAUCCGGACGAAUGUUCAACUGCCGCCUAUGGACAGUGCCAUCCCGCCGCAGUAUCGCCGUCAGGAUCUCGCCCCGAUGCACUCGCAGCAACAGCCGGAGCAGCAGCAGCCCCGCAAGGAGGAGAAAGCUACCGGCGGUGUCGCCGCCCAUCUGGAUUACGAGAUGGAUCGCAUGUCCGACUUCGUGGCGGAAAUGACCCAGGGAAUGUAUGAUUUGUACAACACCAAGAUCACCCUUGCAGAUAUUGACUUCGCGCGAAGCAUCUCCCCAGGAUCUACAGUUCCCCCCCAGUUCCGGAAAUACGUCUAUCAGAUCUUAUCCUCCACUCGCCUCCCAAGCUCGACCAUCCUGCUGGGUCUCUUCUAUCUUUCCAGCCGCAUGCGCAUGUUGUCCGCCCAGCGGGUCUUCCACACCGGCAGUGGCCAGGUUUACCGUAUGCUUACGGUGGCCCUUCUGCUGGGAAGUAAGUUCUUGGAUGACAACACCUUCCAGAACAAGUCCUGGGCGGAAGUCAGCAACAUUCCCGUGGCGGAGCUGAACAAGAUGGAGCUGGAGUGGCUCUUCGCCUUCGAGUGGAAGAUCCACGAUCGCAUUUAUGACCAGCAGGAUGGAUUUGCUUCGUGGCGCCGACACUGGGACAACUGGCGUGCCAAGGCCAACGUCCGGGCUCAAGAAUCGUCUCGUCAAACCCUGACUCCCCUUGACACUAACGUUGUCCGACACCAGGCCUCUGUCGCGAAGCCCCUGAUGUCCCCCGAGGGCCCCAUCCCCCCGCAGUACCAGCGCAGCUCCCAUAUUGAGAGCUCCUGGCUCAACCCUGCCGCAUCCGAGUACUCGCCGCCAUCGGCUCCUCACAGCGGCCCUAACACCCCUGACUACUACUCAGUCGGUCCAUGGGCCUUUUCGAACCCACCGCCGCCUUACUCCCGAGGGGCCUGGAUUCCUCCACCACAGUAUAUUGCCCAAUCAGCACCGCGCUCACAACCCCCGUCCUACCAUCACACUCCUGCGUAUGGUCUUCCCUUCGCCCAGAGUGUGUGGACUGGUCAUGGUUCAUCGUGCGGCUGCAUGUACUGUGCAAAGCAUCUUGAGCACUACAUGUCUAACAAUUUCCAUGCCCUGCAACCCAUUGUUGCAGGCUAA